GCAAGGUGGGAGAAUUCCGCAACGUUGCCGAAGUGCAUUAAUAUUUCGGUGGAAAAUAAUAAUGGCCCUGGAAUCGCGGAUCACACAGGAAGAAAUCAAGAAGGAACCAGAAAAGCCCAUUGACCGAGAAAAGACCUGCCCCCUUCUGCUGCGAGUCUUCACCACCAACAGCGGCCGACACCACAGAGCAGAUGAAUUUGCCCGUGGCAAUGUUCCCUCCAGCGAACUGCAGAUAUACACAUGGAUGGAUGCUACUCUGAAGGAGCUGACAAGCCUGGUGAAGGAAGUGUAUCCGGAGGCCAGAAAAAAGGGGACCCAUUUCAGCUUUGCCAUUGUCUAUCCCGACCCUAGAGGGAAAGUGUACAGGUUGAAAGAUAUUGGCAACACUGUAUCUGGCAGGAAGGGUGCAGAUGACUCCAUGACGUUGCAGUCUCAGCGCUUCCAGAUUGGAGACUAUCUGGACAUAGCUAUCACACCUCCCAACAGAGCCCCGCCCCUUAACGCACGCAUGAGGCCCUUCUGAACAUAAACACUGACACAUAAACCAACAUACGUUUCUUUUUUUGUUUAAUUUUUUUCCAUUGCCUCAUCUUGGAUGGUUUUUGCCUCAUUUUAUAAAAUGUGACGUGUAAUAAAGUUGUCAUUUUUUUCCAAUGA